AUAGCUAUGUUGGCCCAAAUUGCGAUCUUCUCCUUCUCUUUUUUUCUUCUUCUUCGUAUUAUCAAAUUGAUUACGACAGUCUACAGUGUUUAGCUCUCUACUGUGUGUAUCAAUGGAGAAAUUGAGGAAAAUGGUGAACCAAAUAGCGUAUACUCCACCGGAAGAUAGGCUCCGUACACUUUCCACACUGCAAUUCUCUCUCAUCCCUCUUCUUUCACUAGCUUCCACUCUUUAUGGCUUUGUUCUUCCUCUCCGCCAUCGCCUUUACUGUCUUGGUCUGCUUCACAAAGACAGGUUGCCGGUGCCAGUGAUUAGCGUUGGGAAUUUAACUUGGGGAGGUAAUGGGAAGACACCAAUGGUUGAGUUUCUUGCAGUUUGGUUGGCUGCUGCUGGAAUUUCACCUCUUAUACUAACAAGGGGUUAUGGUGGUGCAGAUGAAGCAAAAAUGCUCCAAAGGCAUCUGUCUAGAACACCUGUGAAGAUAGGCAUAGGUGCAAACAGGGCCAAUACAGCUGCCUCUUUUCUGAAAAGAUAUGGCCACGUCAGCCCUUGUAAGCACGGUGACAAUAAUUUGGAGAAACGUAUCUCUGAUAACAAACAUGGAAAUUGUUCUUAUUCUGACCAAAUCGGGAUAGCAAUCCUAGAUGAUGGAAUGCAGCAUAUCAGUUUGUGGCGUGACAUCGAGAUUGUGAUGGUGAAUGCAAUGAAUCCAUGGGGGAACCAUCAGUUAAUUCCCCUUGGACCGUUAAGGGAACCUUUGACCGCACUCACACGUGCAGAUAUAGUUGUAAUCCAUCAUGCAGACAUGGUCUCAGUAAAGGAUGUUGAGGCCAUAGCAUCAGAAAUUCGGAAAGUAAAAAAUUCUCUUUCUAUAUUCAUAAGCAGAUUGACGCCUUUGUACUUUCUUAAAGCUGGUAACAUGUCUUGUAAAUUGGCUUUGACGGAUAUCCGCAAUACACUUGUCUUAUGUAUCUCAGCUAUUGGAUCUGCUGAUUCUUUUGUUGAGAGGACAAAGAAGCUGGGACCUGCGUAUGUUGAUCGCCUAGACUUCAGUGACCAUCAUUUAUUUCAAGCUAAGGAUAUUGACAUGAUCAGAAUGAGACUACGGAGUCUUCAAUCAGAGUUUGCUAUGAAGCCUGUCGUUGUUGUAACAGAAAAGCUUUUAGCAAUCUGUGCAAAGAAAUGGCCCAAUCCUUCUGAGAAUUGCUCAUGUGGUAGAUGUCACCGUUGUUUAUUAAUAGGCUCAUCUGGCCGAGGUAGCCCUAAAAUGCAAGGCACGAAAACUCCUCACUCCUCCCUGUCCUUCAAUAACCAUUCAUCGUCUUCUUUCUAGGUUUUGCUAACCUUAUUUGAUGCUUUGUCGUCCUGCAAUUUAUCUUUAUCUUGGUGUAAAGAUGCUAUUGACUAUCUCUCAACUUGAUGGCUUCUUAAUUUAUGUCCUCCAAAAAGAAUAUCGACCAUUAAAUUUGUCCUUCGUUACCUUCCUCUUCCUAUUGAGAAACAAUUGUUGGUAGUCAAUUUUAGUUCUAAGACUUGAGCUGAAGGUCUAUUAGAAACAAAACUCUCUAUCUGUACGAGGUAGAGGUAAGCUUUGCGUACAUUCUACCUUCCCACCACUUGUGGGAUUCCAUUAGUUAUAUAUUGUUAUUGUCGCUGUGAAUUAAACUCUCAUAUAUGUAUACGUACUAAGUAACUAACAAAUUAUUACAAAUUUCUCAUAAUCAAUAUUCUUUAUUUGCUAGGACUAUGAUAGAGCGCCUGAGGCUCUUAUGCAUUUGUAUCCAUAUGAAGUGUUGGUUCUUUGCUCCAGCUUGCAAAUUCUACCUCAUAAUGGAAACAGAGAAGAUAGCUUUAAGAAGUGUCUGUGGCAGCAUUUGGAAGUUAGCAACUAGGUGUAAAAUAUGGUAUAAGACUUCUUUUGAAGAUCAUUGAGGUGACACGAUUGUACGAGGUCACAAUUCACCCAACACGAUCAUCUUGGAUGAGCUAGAAACGAGGGAUCUGAUGCAGGUAAAGUUCCUCCUAAUCGUUGAGAUGUACAGUUGACUCCCUUCCCUUUGUGGGGGGUGGGGUCUUGAUUCUUACAAGUGAGCAGAAUUUAGGGGUAAACAUAUCACAUCAACGCGUCGAUGGCUCGAUGCGAUGGUGCAAUAGUAGUAGGGGUCUCAACUAACUGAUUGUCUGAGUUGAAAAACCCAUCUAGAAAUAGCAUGAAUUUCAACAAAUUGAUCUGGGAAUUGAUUGAUUUUUUGGAUUACUUAUAAAAAAGUUAGAAGACUCCAAAUUCCUCAAA